AAAAGCCGUUUUCCAGGUCUCAUUCGAAAGAUUCGCUCUCUUGGCCACAGAAGGGAUCUUUGAGGGGGGCGUGGUUCCUAACUAGAUUAGAACUUUACCAAAACUAGACUUCGUAGACAAGUCCUUUGCUUUCUCUCUUUAAAAUUCUUUUCUGCUUUCUCUUCUGCUUCAUGUUCUUCUGAACAGCCUAGUCUGCAGGCAUUUCCCUGGGGUAUCAGGCCCUGACCGCAUAUCCCAUUAGCACGUUGUGUGCUUAUAUGUCAAUAACCACUCUGCAGACCUAGCUUUGUCUUCCCUAUUCACGGUAUUCUCGCAUCGUGCCAACCCGGGCUGGAUAUUCACCUUCAAUCCACUCAUCACCGGACCUUAGCCGUUUCUCCCGACCCCCCUUCCCCCCCGGUCCACCAUGCGUGGCAUUAUUUUCUGGUCGCUGGCUUCAGCGACGACAUUACUAUACACGGUUCAAGCACUCGAACUAGUCAAAAGAUCAUCACCGGCCGUCGUCGGCUUUGAGCUCGAGCGUAAAAAGAUCGUGAACCCAAUUGAAUAUGACAAACGGAGGAGACGACGACAGAGCGAUUCGCAGGUGGUAAACCAGGUUCUGGACAACGAGAAAACACUUUACUUCUGCAACAUUACACUGGGGACCCCGCCGCAAAAUCUGCGGAUGCACAUUGAUACCGGCAGCAGUGACCUUUGGGUGAACACCCCGAGCUCAGAAAUCUGCAGCGAUCGCCGGCGGCUUUGUGAGGUCGGCGGCACGUAUGAUCCCAGGAGAUCAUCAUCAUACAGACGCAUCAACGAUGACUUCAACAUCACUUAUGCUGACGGCUCCGGAGCGGCUGGCGACUAUGUGUCGGAUACACUGCGCUUCUCGGACGUCACUCUGAGAGACUUCCAAUUCGCCGUCGGGUACACCUCAUCAUCUCGAGAGGGUGUGUUGGGAAUUGGGUACGCGUCAAAUGAGGUGCAAGUUGUUCUAAACAGACAAAGGCCGUAUGCCAAUCUGCCACAAGCUUUGUUGGACGGCGACUUCAUCAAGUCCAAUGCAUACAGCAUCUGGCUGAAUGACCUAGGCGCUAGCAGGGGAGAGAUUCUCUUUGGCGGGGUUAACGCAGCCAAAUUUGAAGGCACUCUGAAGACCGUCCCCGUCGUGGGUGUUCGCAGGAGCCGUAGGGACCUUGCUGUAGCCCUGACUGGUCUUAGUGUUAGAACCGGUGCAGGGGAGCAGCGAUUCCCAAGCGGAAAUUUCCCCUUCAGUGUCGUCUUGGACACGGGCAGCAGUCUCACCUAUCUCCCAGAUGUGAUUACCAAUGAAAUAUUUGACGCUGUUUCUGCCGUCUGGGAUCCUAACUUCGGAGCGGCGUAUGUACCCUGUGAACUUGCCAACUACGACGCUCAAUUUGUCUUCACUUUUUCGGAGCCAAGCAUCUCCGUGAGCAUGGAUGAGAUGGUCAUCAGCCCCGGCACCAGCCCCACCGGCGAGACCCUCCGGUUCAGAGACGGCACUGAAGCUUGCAUCUUUGGAAUUGCCCCAGCACAGGUCAACAUAGCUAUUCUCGGCGAUACCUUCCUUCGGAGCGCCUACGUUGUCUAUGAUCUUGAGAACAACGAAAUAUCUCUCGCCCAGACUCGUUUCAACGUCACCAACAAUGAAAUACUUGAGAUUGAAUCGGGAACAAACGGCGUUCCUAGGGCGACUGGAGUAAGGGAUCCCGUGUCCAGUGCUGACAUUACCCCUUCUGCCACUCUUGCAACUACCCUAACUCCAAUUUCAACUUUGACUCCAACUAUGGAUGGCCAACCAGUGAGUUCCACUGCCGGAGCGGCUCCGACAUUGAAACCUGAAUAUCCCCUAGGGGUGAUUGCAGGUCUUGCGGGCGCUGGAAUGAUUUUUGCUGCCAUGUAAAAACAUUAUCUUUCACCUUUUCUUAAAAAAUUUUUAUUUGCUCAUUUGACGUCGGUAUUUUUUCAUGAAUUGGCUUUUUCUUCACUUUUUCUUUUUUUUUCCCCAGGAACUACUCCGUACACUGGGCGGUAUAUAAAAGGAGAAAAUGCAUCUCCCGGAUGGACAUCUGCAUUGGAAAUUUUGAUUU